AUGGCGUUCUGUAGCAUGUUGCUCUUAGCCAGUGUCCUCCUAACUUCAUGGCUUUCUAUUGCCAAAGGUGAAGUGAAACUUUGUGAUUUUCCAAAAAUAAACCAUGGAAUACUAUAUGAUGAAAAGAAGUAUGAGCCAUUUCUCCCAGUUUUUAUUGGGAAAGUUCUCUACUACUCCUGUGAAUAUAGUUUUGCAUCUCCUUCAAAUUCCUUUUGGACUCGGAUAACAUGCACAGAAGCAGGAUGGUCACCAACACCAAAGUGUCGCAGGCUAUGCUUUUUUCCUUUUGUGGAAAAUGGCAAUUCUACAUCUUCAGGACAAACACACUUAGAAGGUGAUAUUGUACAAGUUGUUUGCAAUCAAGGCUACACCCUUCAAAAUAAUCAGAACACCAUCUCAUGUACUGAAGAGGGCUGGUCCACUCCUCCCAAAUGCAUUUCCAUCGACUGAACAGGGAAAUGUGUGCCUCCUCCAACUGUUAACCAUGGAGACAUCACUUUCUUCCCAUUACCAGUGUAUGCAACAUUAUUGUCAGUUGAAUAUCAGUGCUAAGCCUUGUAUCAAAUGGAAAGCACCAAGGAAAUAACAUAUAGAAAUGGAGAGUGGACAGAGACACCAACUUGCCUGUAUUCAACAGGGAGAUGUGGGCCUCCUCCACUUAUUGACAAUGGAGACAUCACCUCCUUCCCAUUGACGGACUACCCACCAUUAUCAUCAGUUGAAUAUCAGUGCCAGGCCUAUUAUCAAAUUGAGGGAAGCAAGAAAAUAACAUGUAGAAAUGGAGAGUGGUCAAAGCCACCAACGUGUUUACAUGCAUGUGUAGUACCAGAAGAAAUUAUGGAAAGACAUAACCUAAUGCUCAAAUGGAGACAAAGGAAAAAGAUUUAUUUAAUGACAGGGGACUAUAUUGAAUUUAGGUGUAAAAAUGGAUACAUACUGGCAACAGGGUCACCUCCACUUCGUACAACUUGCAUUGAGGGUCACAUCAAUUACCCCACUUGCACAAAACGCUAA